UACACGGGGGUACUUAACUACUUCGUUAUUUGAUUUACUUGUAAAUUAAAUGCAUGUUGUUGAUGGCUACAAAUCCUGAAACAAGUUUUCUCGACGACGGUAUUGAGAAUUAUAAUAGGUCCGAAACUGAAGAUAUAUCAAAAUAUGAAGAAAUAAGAGACAGAAGCAUGCGGCCAUCUGGUCGAGGCCGGCAAAAUAAGAACAUUAAUUUGGCAUCACCAAUUAAUAUAAAUUCAGAUAUUAGUGAUGUAGCACCAAUAGUAAACCCUAAUGGCAGAUAUAAUAGACAAAUGGAUAGAGAGGAUGAGGAUGAAAGCUUACUGACAGAUGAAAAAACAUUGACUUGCCCAACUUGCAAAGGGACAGGGACAAUUUAUGCAGAUGACAGUUCUUUGGUGGCUCUAAUUCCUGUGAAAGAUGAACGUUUAAAGCCAAAAAGAACGAAAUUAAAGAUCGCCAUUGCUGUCUGUCUAACGAUUUUGAUAUGCGGAGUCACCAUAUUUUUUCUUUUUCCACGAAGUCCGACAUUACGGCUUCAAUCAGUUGUUGGAUAUAACUCUUCAUUUCCAACUUCAGGCGAUGCUUAUAUUUUACUAAAGAACCACUAUGUUGUUGACAACAAAAAUUUUGUAUACGUGGAUUUGACGUCGAUAUCACUCAGCGUGUCAUUCCAGAAGUUACAAGUUGCUGGGCCUAAUCCCAUUCAUAAAUUUGAAACAAAGAGUGUUGAUAUGCGUUCUUCUACAGAUUUUGACGUUUACGUAAAUACAACGUACAAGCGAGAUACUUCUGGCAUGGCUGUAUUGAAAUUAUUGUGUAUGUAUGGUUUUCUCUUACUAGAUAUUAGUACCCAAAUUGAAUCAUCUUUCCUCUUCCACACUGAAAUGAUAUCAUCCACAAAGCAGACAUAUUUUCCGUGUUACUACAAUGGCUCCACUUUCUAGUACGUAAAUUCUAUAGCUACAAUUAUCUUCUCUAUAUCGACGAAUUGCUGGAAUUAUUAUUGUCAUUCUGGUAGACGAUCAUAAAAUUAGAUGCAGAGUAUUUUAUACAAAAAAUUUCCAAAAUGAAACAUUUCCAUUUAUAAGCAUACCGACCUUUCUGCAAAUUUUCUAAUGUUACACGCGGAUAAACCGUUCCACGCAGGGUUUCACGUCUAAUCACGCGAUAUUCCUGCAACCCCAUGUGUUAAUCUUCAGUUCAGCAUAGCGAAACAUUAUGAAACAAUACGGAAGUUUUGAUUUUUACACUGUCUUUUUUGCAUCGCAUAAGAUGUUAAUAUAAAUAUAGAAAAUGUUGAAAACAAUCUUAUCCAAGGGUCUUUUGAAUUUCUACAAGCUCAACAUUAUACCACUAUUAUUAUAUGACUAGUUUUUUUUGUUUUUGUAAAUCCUGCAAUUUGAUUGGCUGCUGACGAGGCGGGAUUUUCCCAUAUUGCCCACGGGCAAUACGCUCAAUUUUUAUUGACCGGAUGUAAUGGAAAUGAAUUAUUAUUCGUGUUCAUGGUUUUCCCAAA